UCGCUCGAUCCACCAAAGAUCAGCGCAUCACAACAGUCGAAAGUGGCGGAACACAAGACGGAUACUGGGCAUGACACUGAAUUGUCUCGUAUCCAGAGAUGGGACUGGCAAGAUUUGGGUGAUUCUUCGCCUUUGGUCAACUUGACAAUUUCCUUUCCCCCUCACCUCUCCGAACAACUUUCAGGUCUACCCAAGAACUUGCUCACUGUUGUGAUUUGGCGGCCGCCGCUUCCAGGACUUGGGUCCAAGUUGAAGGGUCCUGAAGUUCGCGGAUUGCUUAUCGUUCGCACCUUCUUCUUUUACCAAUACUAUCGAUUUGAGAUCAGACUAAUCCCUUCUUUGAAGCCUGUGCUCGAGAGCGUACGUUUGGAUCAAGAGUCAGAGAAAAAGGCUUCGCUCAGAGUUGAUCUGAUCAAACUACAGUCAAAAGCUCUACAAACUCCGGAGUCUCGUGAUGCAUCUCGGCCUCUUGAAAAUAUAGGUGACAGAGUCUCCUUGCACAAGUCGCCAGUAUUCCCCAAAAUCACGUUUCUUGGUUCGGUACAGCAAGACGGUCUAUUAUCUUUGAACAGAGAGCCAAAUCUCGACUUUGGUAAGAGUCAGACAUGUUAUUUAUAUUUUUAA